AUGGCCAUUCCCCGUACUCCAAGGACUAUGGCUAAGCAUCCAAUGCCCCCUUUUUUGCGACAGGAGGAGGAAAAGAUGAGAAUGGAGAGUCCUCGAUUUGCGUGCCCGCCAAAGAAUACCGCGAUCAAGACCACGAUCAAAACCACCCUCAUGAAGCCUUCCCUGAUCAGCGUAGUCCAUGGCAAGCGACAACCAUGGCGGCACAUGUGGAUCCCACGGCGUCCACGAACCCAUUGCUGGAAAUCUGCAUGUCCGGGUCCCGUGCAGCGCCUGUUGACUUCAGUCUUGACUCGGCCCACCGGGCAACGGAGUCCUCGGAACAGCAACUAUCUUCGGUUGAUCCUCAAGUGUCAAUUCUGGGCAAAUGGAGCUCGGAAGCAUAUUCUCAACGUCCGCAACGGCAAAAGGAUUGACUCGCAGGAGGUUCUUGGAGAUUCGACGCGUGCCACCGCAGCCACAAAACGAACCGCUCCCCACCAUGAUUCUUACAAUAGCCCCGUUGGCAGAUUGAUCGGUGAGGGCCGAGUGCGCUCGCCCGGCCUUUUCGCGAUAAGAAACGAUCAUGACGGCGGUGGAUACGGUACGGAUGACAGCGGUUCUGCCUCUGCCUCUCGGGGUAGCAUAUUCUCGCGUCAAUCAGAGAAGCGAUACUCCGGCAGCGUCACUAGCGGCGAGGGACCUUCGCCUAAUAGUCUGGUGGAUCCCGGUGCUGAGCAAUCGGGCUUUUCAAGGGCAGCCGGUGGCCAGUCCCGCGUGCCCGCGGAGUCUCCUUCUGUGGCGUCUGUAUCGAGGCAGCUCGGUUCGGAGAUUGAAGAUUCCGAGUCCGCCUCUGAUACCGAUGAUGCGGACCACCAUUCAGGCGAUGGCCGAUGGCAGUACCGUUGUAUUCUGAAGCGUCGAUUGGAUUCGUCUGGUCGCAGGAUGGCGUUGGUUCGGUGGGAGGAUACAUGGGAGUCGGAGGACGAGCUGGGUGGGGUGAAGAGGGCGUUGCGACAGUACGCACGGGCACGGCAGGCGAAGCAAGUCCCAGCAACGGAGACAUGUUCGAAACGCAGGGGAAGAAAGCGCAAAUGCCCUUCGUAA